AUAAAAUAAAACAAACCAAAAUUAAAAAAAAAAUAGGAAAAAAAAAAAAAGAGAAGAUCCAAGAAAGCGCUUGCUUCUCAUCAUCUCUCAGGGACCAAAGCCAACUCUUUUCUUCUUAUGACCCCAUGCUGCAGGGAGCAAAGGGAGAGAAGGUACAGGGGGGCACCUCCUAACAAAGCAGGGUUCAGGACCCCUCUCCAGCCCGGGGAGCAGCGGCGGGGUACGGAGGGCUGCCAGGGCGAGCCCGGGCACCGCAGAGCCGGAGCUCCACCAAAAGCAAGGAGCAGAAAUGAAAGUUUCGAAAUAGCAUCCAAAUAAGCGCCAAGGACCGGACCGAGCAGAGCUCUCCGCCUCGCAUCAGCCCCCGAUGGUGCAUCCGAGGGGCUGCGUCAGAGAUGUGAACGUCCCCUGCCCGCUGCAUGGAGAGGGCUAAAGGCUCAGAAACCCCUCGUGAUUUAUUUAUUUAUUGGAAGCAAUGUAUGGGUGACACCCAGAAGGCAUCUGAGCCCUGAAAAAAACCAAACCACCUCUGGACCCGAACGAGAGCAAGAAGAAUGAGACAGCAGCCUUGACCCCUACACUGAGAGGAAGGUGAGCAGAAAGAAAGAAAACAGAAAAGCCAUGCAAGCACCAAACCUGUAGAUUACUGCAGGUCUUUUUUGCUUCACUGAGGACAAAUAUUUUACUGACAGCCAUGCAGCAUAAAGGCAUCAUGCUGAUUGUGUUCUUGGAAUAUUUUAUUUCUGGACAUGGGGAAGCAGAUCCCGCAAGGCCACGAGCCUUCCGCUGCAAUGGCCAUGCCUGCAACCCUCCCGUGGGGAACCUCGCCACAGGAAGGACACCAGUGACCACCACCACGUGUGGCCAGAACAGCACAGAGCUCUUCUGCUUCUACCCAGACCAGAACCUCCUCCACCACGCCUCCCCCAGCUGUGGGCAGCCCCGCUGCGCCAAAUGCAACACCAACCAGCCCGAUAACUCCCACCUCCCUGCUGACAUGACAGAUGAUUUCUUUGCAAACCCCGUCUCCUGGUGGCAGUCAGCCCAAGGGGUACACAGAGAGGAAAUCCGACUGGACUUUGAAACAGAAUUCUACCUGACCCACGUCAUUGCUGUGUUCAAGUCACCUCGCCCAGCUGCCAUGGUGCUGGAAAGAUCCCAGGAUUAUGGGCAGACUUGGAGGCCCUACAAGUAUUUCUCUGUCAACUGUACAGCUACUUUUGGGCUCCAGGAUGAUCUCAUUGAGGAAGGCUCCAUGUGCACUUCCAGGUAUUCAGAUGCAGUGCCCUGCACCAGAGGAGAGGUGAUUUAUCGUGCCUUAAGUCCAGCUAACAAGAUUGAAGACCCUUACAGUCCUGAGGCUCAGGAUCUCCUGAAGCUCACCAACCUCCGCCUGCUCUUGUUAAAAAGACAGGAAUGUCCAUGCCAUGGCUCAGGAUUGGUAGAGAAACCCCAGAGAUUUUCCCACUAUGCUAUUUAUGACCUGAUCAUCCGGGGAAGCUGCUUUUGCAAUGGGCAUGCCGAGGAAUGUGAGCUUGCCAACAGGACGGGAGUCGUGGAGAACAUGGUCCAUGGGAAGUGUGUGUGCAGACACAACACGGCAGGGCACCACUGCGAGAAAUGCGCUCCGCUCUACAAUGACCAGCCUUGGAAGCCAGGAGACGGGAAAACAGGGGCACCAAAUGAAUGCAGAAAGUGUCGCUGUCACAACCACACCGAGAGCUGCCACUUCGACCUGAGCGUUUGGUUGGCCUCGGGGAAGCGCAGUGGGGGAGUCUGUGACAACUGCAAGCACAACACAGAGGGACAUCGGUGCCAGAGGUGCAAACCAGGCUUUUACCGGGACAGAGGGAAGCCCAUGUCUUCUCCAGAGGUCUGCAAACCCUGUGCCUGCCAGCCCUUGGGUUCAGCCAACGCCACGUUCAGCAGCAGCUGGAGAUGCCACCCCAGAACAGGAUUCUGCUACUGCAAACCAGGAGUGGCGGGGCCCAACUGUGACAGGUGCCUCGUGGGCUACUGGGGCUUUGGGGAAGACGGCUGUCGGCCCUGUGACUGCGCCAGGGACUGCGACCCACGCACUGGGACCUGUUCCAAUGGCUAUGAGAGUGAGCCCCUCUUUAACAUCCCCAUCGGGGGACAAGUCCCACACCUCAUCCAAACUCCAACCAACGAGAGCGAAGAGGAGUGGAAAUGGAACGACCACGAGCAGGGAUUCUCUGCACUGAGGCACCCAGAAAAGUGUGUGUGCAAAGAAAAGGUGCUUGGAAGUGUCAGUGACUUCUGCCAAAUGAAAUAUGCCUAUGUAAUAAAAGCAAGAAUCCUAUCUGCUCAUGACAAAGGGACCCAUGCAGAAGUUGUUGUGAAAGUGAAGAAGGUCCUGAAAUCAGGCAAAGUGAAAAUUGCUCGGAGUAACAGAAGCAUUUACCCAGAAUCCUGGACCAACAGGGGCUGUACAUGUCCCAUUCUCAAUCCUGGUACUGACUAUCUUAUAGCAGGCCAGGAGGACUCUAGGACUGGCAAACUCCUUGUGAACAUGAACAGCCUGGUGAAACCCUGGAAGGCAUAUUUGGGAAAACAAGUAUCAGAUAUUCUUCGAACUGGAUGCAAAUAAUUUCUGCUUCAGAAGUUACAGUGCUGGACUUUGCCUUUUAGUAACACUGCAGUGAAAGGUGUAGUUAGUUCAUGCAUUCCCAUGAAAUGAGGAAAACAGACUUGCCAUCCCUCCUUUCAUGUGAUUAGACAGGAAACUUGGGACAUGACUACUUUUUUUUUUAAAUACACAGCAUUAUCAUACAAAAUUACCUAGUGCAUCAUAUAUAGAUCACAAGUCAGUUCUACACUUGAGCCGGAUUCCACCCAGAAUCAUUUUACAAGGCAAAACUAAAGAUAUGGAUUAGUGUUUCCAUACUUCAGAUCAGUCUGAUAUUAAUAUGCAUAAACUGCUUUCAUAAUACAUUCGUUAUUGGGGUGUAAUUUUCUUUAUAAGUGACCACUAAAAGGCAGCAACUUCUUUCAGCUCAACUUCUUUCAGCUUUACAAGUGGCAUAAUACUAAAUAAGACUAUAAGAGAGCUCAAACUGAUUUACCAUCAGACUGCAGUUAUGCCAAUAUAAUGGGCUGCUUUCUAGAAGAGAAUAUUAUCCCGCUGCUGACCAGAAACAAACGUGACUUAUCUUGGGACAGUGUCCUUUAGAGAUGUGCACUGCUACCAUCAAUGCUUACUGCUGAGCUCUGCUGCAGCAGACACCUUGGCUCAAACUCCAUUCCAAAUGCAGCUCUUUGCUGUAGUACUUAGUCUGUAACACCACAAAGGUUUCACAGCAAUAACUGCAAAUAAACCUUAUUUAUAGGAAAAAGCCAAAGUGAGGAAAGAGCAGCUGCUCUCAUGUUGAAAUGGUGAUGAUACAAAAGCUACAAAGCAGAAACAGGUGGUAAAUUUAUUGGCUGGAGCAUGUAUCAAAGGAGGUAAGCUGUAGUUCUGGGGAAGCAACCUGGCUGUUCCAACUGUGCUCAAGACCACUGACCUUCAAUUGCACUUGAUGCUUUCAUUGUGCUUUAUUUCUCUUGGUCACACUUCGGGGUAAGAUGCUGAAGCUCUGCUUCUUUCCCAUAGUGCCUGAGGAUUAUUUCUCCCUCUGCAAAAGUACAGGAGUAGUAACAUUUGCACUCCAGGUAAAAUUAGUUCUGCUCUGCAAAAACAUUCUUUCUAAAUCAAUUUUACCCUAUAGUAAUCAUGAGAUAGGCUACUUAAGUUCUUCCCUAACACAGAAUUUUGAGGAAAUUGCAGUUGGAGACCUGUGUCCCCUGUUUAAGGACUCACAACCAAAUGAAGCAGAAAAAUCCUCAGCUCAUUUGGAAAUGGAUGACAGGCAGAUCUUUGGCAAAUAAAAAAAAAGCUCUGAUUUGUUUCCCAACAGGAUAUAAACAGUGUUUCUAGUGUUUCUUCCUCCCUCCUUUUCAGGAAAUUUCCCUUCCUCCAUUGCUUUCCCCCUCUCACUUCAUUAUUUAUUUGUUGUUACCUAAAGUGGUAUCCAACAAUGUGGCAUCUCCAACAAGCUAUUUAAUUAAUGCAAUAAAACAUUUUUUAACCAAGGCAUUUGGCAGAAUUUGAAAUGGCAGCCUUACGAAACUAGGAGCCCAGCAACUGCUUUCUUUACUGACUCCAGAAAUUGCCUCACAACAAAAAGAUUAACUACUUCUCUUUCAAAUUUCAAUAAAGAACCUGUAUAUGAAUUUACAGUCUGAUCUCAAAGGGUCUCUCACAAGGAAUGAAAUUCAAGUGUAGGUUUAGAAUUAAACAAAGGAAUGUGCUUUUCAACAGAGGCCAAUUUACCUGUAGGGGAUCUUAUUUAAUGACAAUGAGGAUAUUCCAUGUUGGUUUA